AUGGCUGGUACUUAUGAUACUGAAGAGCAGAGACUUAUUGAUAGAAUCAAAUGCAUUGCUUUUCGUGCAGCUAGAGAUGCUAGAUUAAAACCAUAUUAUGUUAUUCCAAAACCGCUAAAAUCUGAAACUCACAUAUCAGAUCGAUUAUGGCUGUGCGAUUGGUUAAAAGAUUGGACUGAAGAAGAUUUUCUUCAUCCGGCAUCAUCUGAUGAAUUUUACGUGUGGGCCGUUCGUCGACCAAAUUAUCAGAACGAUCGAAUUUGGGCAAAAAGCGUCGAUGAUAUCGAAAAAGACGAACGUUAUCGUGAAAUGGUUAAAAAUCAACCAUGCAUUGGAAUUUUUGUGAUAUUUACCGCUAAAAGGUUACAUUGGGUGAUUCAACAUAAAGGUGAAUCUUGGACUGGUCAAUAUUUUCGUGAUGUAAUUUUGACUGAACACGUCUUUCCAUUCUUAAAAAACGAAGAAAAUGUCAUUGAUCCCGAUGAAGUUAUAUUUAUCUAUGACAAAGCACCAUGUAUGCGAGCAUAUCAGACCCAACAUUUGCUUCAAGACAAUGAUGUUAAAUUUUGGGGUAAUGAUAUUUGGCCAGGAAAUUCACCCGAUCUCAAUGUGGCAGAACAUAUUGGAACAAUAAUCAAGGAUGAAGUUGAAAAAAAAGAUGUUAUCAGAACCUGGACAUUCUCGUUAUCUUGA